AUGAUCAAUCAUCUUCCUACUAAUAUUCCAAAUUUACAUAUAAUCGAAUUAGAUAGUAAUGAACUUACAUCUCUCAGUGGUUUUGAAACGAUUACAUCACACAAUAGUACUUUGUUUUCAUUUAAUAAUAACAAAAUUGCAUCUGUUUCAAGCGGUUCAUUAGCAAGAAUUGAUACAGUUAAUGAGUUUUAUUUAUCCAACAAUCAACUUACAGCAUUACCCGAUUCAAUUUAUUUAAUCAACGAUUUGAAAAAAGUCAGUAUUCAAAAUAAUAAAUUUGAUGUAAUUGAAAAAGAAUGGAUUCAAGGUAUAUUUCGAAUAAUAAAUACUACUCUUAUUAUCUAA